ACGCUGUCACGGGCGUAGCUGGAUGCUGGAUUGUCUCUCUCUCUCGUGCGCGCGCGUGCCGCAGGGAGGUGCUUCCUUUUCUUCUUCCUCUUCCUCCUAACCUCAUCCUACGUCGCGGUUCCGUCGUCGGCGGAAAGCAAAAGGUGGACGCUCGGCGGUGGACGUCGUUCCAACGGUGUGCACAAAGCGGAUAUCGCGACAGGCUCCUCCGCUCGGUCGUCGUCGUCGUCGUCGUUGCCUCGUGCCGGAGACGAGAUAGAAGAAAGGGUGCCGGAGAAAAGGGAGGCCGAAUACCAAGGUUUUCCUGCCGGUUCGGGGGAGCUAGAGCGAGAGAGAGAGAGAGAGAGAGAGAGAGAGAGAGAGAGACGAGGGAGAGAAAAGAGAAAGGAAGAAAGAUCGAGCGGAAGGAUAGGAGGGAGAGAGAGGGAGAGAGAGAGAGAGAGAGGAAAAGAGGGGGUAGGGUUUGGAUCGACGAGGAAAGAUAACCGAAAAGGGAGCAAGCGAGAAGGAGACAGAGACCGGUAGAACAAGAGUGAUGAUAAGAACGGAAUAGACUAGUUAACGAGAGAGAGAGAGAAAGAGAGAGAGAGAGAGAGGAGUACAACGGGUACACAGAUCGGGAGAAAAGAAAUUGCAGAAUGUGUUGAGAAGUGUGGUUCUGUGUAUAUAUAUAUGGUGCAGUGCGGUGCUGUGCUCGAGAGAGAGAGAGAGAGAGGGAGAGAGAGAGAGAGAGGAAUGGCGUGGUCGGAUUUCGCGUGCACCUCGCCGUGACGUGGAAAGGUACGCAGAACACCGCGGGUAAUGUCUGGGAAGAUAACGCGUGUCUUCAUCGACUAAUGUAGACAAGUCGACACUGAAACCGUUGGGCGCUAAACUGAGGAAUGGAGGGAACGUGGCAGUGGGAGCAGCGAAAGCACUGCCAUAUCAUACUGCUCAACCCUUUGUCGUACGUAAAGGAGAACCCGGAACAGGCUGCAGAUGAACGAAAGCGGCUACAAGGUAGUGCCUGCAAGGAAGAAAACACCCUGAAGAAGAGGAGUUGCGUGCCGGGUCUGUAGCGCUCGGUAAGGAAAGAAAGGGUCCCCCGAGCAUCAUCAAGAAGGGGAAGGGGUCGACAUGGGCCCGGCACACCAAAUCGUACUCCACUGAGCGAUGCAAGUAGUUAGGGCCGGGGCCCUGCUAGUGAGCAUGUGGCUCACUAGAGAAUGAAGAAACAAAACGUCCGGACCCUAUCGUUGAUCGUCUUCACGUUCACCUACCUCCUCGUCGGCGCUGCAAUCUUCGACGUCCUCGAGUCCGAGACGGAGAAACGACGCAAGGAAGCAUUAGACGCCAUUGAAAAGAUGAUUAUACGCAAAUACAAUAUAAGCGAGGACGACUUCAAGAUCAUGGAAACAGUGGUGCUGAAGACGGAACCUCAUAAAGCCGGUCAACAGUGGAAGUUCGCCGGAGCGUUUUAUUAUGCAACCACGGUCCUCACAACUAUCGGUUACGGACAUUCAACGCCGAACACUAUAAGCGGUAAACUGUUCACGAUGUUCUACGCAAUCGUCGGAAUCCCGCUAGGACUCGUAAUGUUCCAGAGCAUAGGAGAGCGUUUGAAUAAAUUCUCGUCCGUCGUAAUACGGAACGUAAAGAAGCUUCUUAACUAUAAGGAUGUCCAGGCCUCAGAAAUAAAUCUUAUCUGCGUGGUGACGACCUUGUCUUGCUUAACAAUUGCGGGAGGUGCCGCGGCGUUCUCUAGGUACGAAGGGUGGUCAUACUUCGAUUCCAUCUAUUAUUGUUUCAUCACUCUUACAACCAUCGGGUUCGGCGAUAUGGUCGCGCUGCAAAAGGAUAACGCGCUGGACAACAAACCCGAGUACGUGAUGUUCUCCCUGAUAUUCAUUCUGUUCGGCUUGGCCAUCGUUGCCGCCUCCCUCAAUUUAUUGGUCCUGAGAUUCGUCACGAUGAAUACCGAGGACGAAAGGCGGGACGAGGCUGAAGCUCUACAGGCUGCGCAAGGAGCAGUGCGCCUGGAGGGCGACGUAAUAAUGGCGAACGGCUCGAUACUGUCGGGCCAGAUAGGCAACCACGGUGACACGAUAUCGCUGGACGACGACACGUCGGUCUGCAACUGCCGCUGCAGCGGCUUCCAGAAGAAACGACGGAGACCGCGGUUCACGGUCCGUCGCUCGCCCGGUAAGAUCUCGCACCUGCUGCCGAUGCAGCAGCUGCCGUCGUUGAACAUGCGCAGCGAGCAAUGCGCGCCGCCGCCCACGCCGUUGCUGCAACUUCCGCCGUUGUAUCAACAUCGAGCCAGCAUCUGACGAUCAUCGACCGUCAGCAUGAUGCCGCAAGAACUGCCGCGACGUGUCUCUGUCUGAGACUAUCUUUGAAGAAAAUCGAAAAAAGCGAGAGAGAACUAGGGAGAGUGAGAGAGAAUCUGAGAGAGAGAGAGAGAGAGAGAGA